AUAUUAUAUUUUAGUAUUUCAGUAAGUGUAAGUGAGUUGGUCCGCAAGCACGAUUUAUUGUGGAGGAAAUAUAAAAACUAAUCAGCAAAUUAAUAAAUAUGAACAAACUAAAAGCGCGCAAUAAUAUAAUAAUACUCGCCUACAUACUAAGUCAACUGAUCAUAAACAACAAAUUUUUGUUGGCGCACACUACUGAAAUUAAUGAAAUCGGAGCUAUUGCUGAACAAGUCACCACUUGGCUCUCCGAUUGCUAUAGCGAUGAGAAGAUUUCUUGUGAUUGCCCUGGCGAUGGCUAUUUUGAUUGUCGUUUUUUCGAACUCAAUGAUGUUUACAUCAGUUUUGAGUCAAACUCGCAGCUUAUGGAUGUAAUGUGUUAUCCAUACACAGAAACUAAUAUCAAUUUUCUACUCGAGCGCAAAUUUAAGUCAAUUUUACCUAAAACACGUUAUUUGAAAGUGGUACAAUGCAAUAAUUUUAAACACGAAAUCUAUAUGAAUGACAAAGUGCAGGAAAUUGUUGUAAAAAUGAACCACAUGACUAAAACUAAAGUAACACUAGUCUAUAACAUUGAUCUUCCUGUAGAACCAACGGAAGAUAGUGGCCAUAUGCAUACUUACAUUGGCCAUAUUGACCUACAAUUAAUUAUUAAAUCAAAUCGUAAUGAAAUCCGGGAAGCAGAUAUUAUAAGCAUAGCCCUUGACAUAUUUUCUAAGCAGAAUCAACUGGAAACGUUAACGCUUAGCGCACAGGGUCUAAGAAACCAGUACUUAUCGCUGCAAAACUUGACGCAAACAUUCUUUAAAAACUUCACUACGCUCAGACAGCUUGACUUAGCCGGGAAUAAUAUGAAAACGUUGGACGCCAACAUCUUUGCAGAGCUAACACAAUUGAAUUGUCUGAAUUUGAGUCGUAAUGAAAUCCGAGAAUUGUCCGAAAGUCUGUUUGUAUAUCAGCGUCAACUUUCCAUACUGGAUCUGAGUCACAAUUUAUUGACACAUUUGCCGCCUCAUCUUUUCGAUCACACUUCUUGGCUAUGGGAGUUGAAACUUGGUGGCAACCAACUGCACGACACCACAAAUCUCAUGGAAAAUCUGAAACCGCUGCAUUAUCUACAUAGGCUAGACGUAAGCCAGAACCAACUGCAAAAUAUUAGGAGCACCGAGACUUCCGUCAAUAUAACGCCAAGAUAUACCAUGAGAUUUGGCUUGCAACCCGAAAAUUUCGCGGGCACGAUUAGCUCAAAUAAAUCAGUAAUAAAUUUAAGUGGCAAUCGUUUGCGCGAAUUCCCUUUGGAUUGGAUUGUAGCAACGAACAUUACAUGCCCUUUUGAAAUAAACCUAGAGCACAAUUUGAUUGAAAACAUUUUUGCCUUACAAAAUCUUCAGUACUUCAGCUCAACUGCUGAUUGUGUGUCCGAAAUCAAAAUGACUGGUAAUCCUAUAGUGUGCGAUUGUAAAUUAGCAUGGAUUUACAGUGAAAACUAUCGUUCGCUCUUCAAUGGUUUACAGUGCGUUCAGACGUCAACCAAACUAGUUAAAGAUAUCGCUCAGCUGAGGCGUAAUGAAAUGUGUGCUUGGCAACCAGUAAUGUGCCCCAGAAAAUGCAAUUGUUACACACAAUUUGAAUUCCUGCACAUCCAAUGCAAUGGUGCGCAACAUACGAGUAUCGAACAGCUCCCACGUCCCGAGCAAGUUGGGCUCAAGAGUUCGGUACUCGAUAUUAGCAAUAACAAUUUCAUUGUAUUGCCGCUAAACACCACCUUCGGCUAUGGCAACGUUUCGCAACUCAACGCGUCGUACAAUAAAAUCACGAGCAUAAGUGUCAGUCAACUGCCAACCAAUUUGACCGUUUUGGAUCUACGAAAUAAUCGCAUAAAAUCUUUAAAUGCUGAAUUUUUGCGUACAUACCUGAAUGACAGCACAAAAUUACAAUUUCUCUACCUAAGUGGAAAUCCUUGGAUUUGCGACUGUUCCACGCAGCAAUUGCUGUACACCAUACGUACACAUCGGACACGCAUACCCGAUGUCGACCAGUUACUCUGUGUUAAUCAGCCGAACGAUACAUUCCUAAUAGCAAAUGUGAGAGAAAUGUGUCCAACUCCUGUUAAUGUUGAAUAUUAUGCAACUGAGAUUAGGAUAGCGUUAUCCAUUAUUAGUUUACUUUGCAUUAUUGUACUUUUAUUAUGUAUAUAUAUUUAUAUUUUUAAUAUAAAUUAGAAGUGGAAGGCGAAUAUGACCUGGAUAAGCAUAAAACA